AUGCUACGUGCCGAAACAACAUCUGACUCCAACACUAGUUUUACAUCUGGAUCCAAUACUGAAACUACGGUGGGAGGUGACACCGAAUCUACAACUACUGACUCCAACAUUUUCUCCACAUCUGGAUCCAAUACUGAAACAACCCUUGGAGGUGAUACAGAAUCUACAACAACCGACUCCAACACAGGUUCCACAUCUGGAUCCAACACUGAAACUACACUUGGAGGUGGAACCGAAUUCACAACAACUGACUCCAACACUGGUUCCACAUCUGGAUCCAAUACUGAUACUACGCUUGGAGGUGGCGCAGAAUCAACAACAACCGACUCCAACACUGGUUCCACUUCUGGAUUCAAUACUGAUACAACGGUUGGAGGUGGUACCGAAUCCACAACUACUGACUCCAACACUGAUUCUACAUCUGGAUCCAAUACUGAAACAACACUAGGAGGUGACACAGAAUCCACAACAACCGACUCCAACACUGGUUCCACAUCUGGAUCCAACACUGAAACUACGCUCGAAGGUGGCACUGAAUCAACAACAACCGACUCCAACACUGGUUCCACUUCUGGAUUCAAUACUGAUACAACGGUUGGAGGUGGUACCGAAGCCACAACUACUGACUCCAACACUGAUUCUACAUCUGGAUCCAAUACUGAAACAACACUUGGCGGUGACACAGAAUCCACAACAACCGACUCCAACACUGGUUCCACAUCUGGAUCCAAUACUGAAACAACACUUGGAGGUGGCACAGAAUCAACAACAACCGACUCCAACACUGGUUCCACUUCUGGAUUCAAUACUGAUACAACGGAUGGAGGUGGUACCGAAGCCACAACUACUGACUCCAACACUGAUUCUACAUCUGGAUCCAAUACUGAAACAACACUAGGCGGUGACACAGAAUCCACAACAACCGACUCCAACACUGGUUCCACAUCUGGAUCCAAUACUGAAACUACGCUUGGAGGUGGCGCAGAAUCAACAACAACCGACUCCUACACAGGUUCCACUUCUGGAUCCAAUACUGAAACUACGUUAGGAGGUGACACUGAAUCCACAACAACCGACUCCAACACUGGUUCCACAUCUGGAUCCAAUACUGAAACUACACUUGGAGGUGGUACCGAAUUCACGACAACUGACCCCAACACUGGUUCCACAUCUGGAUCCAAUACUGAUACAACGGUUGGAGGUGGUACCGAAUCCACAACUACUGACUCCAACACUGGUUCCACAUCUGGAUCCAAUACUGAUACUACGCUUGGAGGUGGUACCGAAUCCACAACUACUGACUCCAACACUGAUUCUACUUCUGGAUCCAAUACUGAAACAACACUUGGAGGUGACACCGAAUCCACAACAACCGACUCCAACACUGGUUCCACAUCUGGAUCCAAUACUGAAACUACACUUGGAGGUGGUACCGAAUUCACGACAACUGACCCCAACACUGGUUCCACAUCUGGAUCCAAUACUGAUACAACGGUUGGAGGUGGUACCGAAUCCACAACUACUGACUCCAACACUGGUUCCACAUCUGGAUCCAAUACUGAAACAACACUCGGAGGUGGCACAGAAUCCACAUCAACCGACCCCAACACUGAUACUACAUCUGGAUCCAAUACUGAAACUACGCUUGGAGGUGGCACAGAAUUCACAACAACCGACUCCAACACUGGUUCCACAUCUGGAUCCAACACUGAAACUACACUAGGAGGUGGUACCGAAUUGACAACUACUGACUCCAACACUGGUUCCACAUCUGGAUCCAAUACUGAUACAACGGUUGGAGGUGGUACCGAAUCCACAACUACUGACUCCAACACUGGUUCCACAUCUGGAUCCAAUACUGAAACCACACUAGGAGGUGGCACAGAAUCCACAUCAACCGACGCCAACACUGAUACUACAUCUGAAUCCAAUACUGAAACUACGCUCGAAGGUGGCACUGAAUCCACAACAACUGACCCUAACACUGGUUCCACAUCUGGAUCCAAUACUGAUACAACGGUUGGAGGUGGUACCGAAUCCACAACUACUGACUCCAACACUGGUUCCACAUCUGGAUCCAAUACUGAAACUACACUAGGAGGUGGCACAGAAUCCACAUCAACCGACCCCAACACUGAUACUACAUCUGGAUCCAAUACUGAAACUACGCUCGAAGGUGGCACUGAAUCCACAACAACUGACCCUAACACUGGUUCUACAUCUGGAUCCAACACCGAUUCCACAUUAUCUAAUGCUGAAACGACAUCCGGAAGUAUCACCGAAAUUGUAUCAACUACCAGCGAAUCACAAACAACUAUAAGACCGCAUUGUAAUGUUUAG